UCGAUCUUACCUCUUUCAUUUUUGUUUAACUUCCGGGUUCGUCUGCAUUAAGAUUAAAAGGUUUUUUGAUUCAUUUUUGGAUUAUCACUGCCAAGUGCCAACCUGAUGGGUGGAAUUUUUUCAAAUGAGGAAGACGAACGGGCUAGAGUAAAGAAUAACAUCCGUGGAUUACAAAAUGAAAUGGAAGUGCACUCACGUGCCCACAAUUUGUGUGCAGAAUACUACGGAAACUGGAAGGCUAUUCUAUUCGUCCUACUUCUUAUCGUAGGCGGGUUAUUGGCAGGCUACAAAGCUCUCGGCUGGAAAACACCGCAACCAGAUAAUCCUAAAACAACGCUUGCUUUCAUAGGGGUGAUCGCCCUCGGUGUUGCCACAUUCGUUAUUCAACAAUGCUACAAUGCGGUGGAUGAUUCACAAAAGAAGCAUUACAAAGCAGAGAAAAAUUACCAGAGUAUUGCAGACAGAGCGAGGUCUGCUUGUGAUUCCAGCGAAUCGGCGAGUUCUCUAAGGAAUAGGUAUGAGGGACUGCUGAAGGACAAGGGAAAUUCCAGCGAGAUAACUUACGAACAGUGGGCUUAUGAAAAAGCAUCGAAGAAAUAAAAGGGAGAAUGCGAACAACUACACCGCAAUAACUCUUUAACUUUUUAUAAAAGCUAAAGGCAUUAAGGAAAAAUAGGAACUGUAGUGUGUACUCUAUAUCUUGUCUGUACUAUGAUGUUUUUCAAACCUCAGUUUGAUUGUUAAUAGCGGAAGUCUUUAAUAGAAAUUUCUGAGCGAAUUAACAACUGUAUUUCGAUAGAAACUUGAUUCGGUGAAUGCAGAUAGUAUCGUUGAAAUGUUUUAUCCUUCAAUUUCAAGUUGGUGAAGUUUCUACGAAACGUCAUCUAAUAGAAAAUAGCCAAACAUUACAAGUCUUUGAUAUCGAUUUAUAAGGAAAGAAAUGGAAAAUAUCCCUCAAAGGUAGAUAAAUAAAGAUGUUUAACUAGGAA